AGGGUUUGUCACAAAGCAAGCUUGGGGAACAAGGGCAAAUAUUGCUAGUUGUCCAAUCGGGGGGCUCUGCAGGCCCAGGCCUGCAGCUAUUAAUAGACAGAUCACCACGAUCAAUGGUUGCAGUAGGGAACAAGCCUAGCGUACAGUAUUAUUAAUAGACGGUACGGCAGAAUAAACAACUGGCAACUGAGAGAACGCUAUCCAGCUGCAAUUAGCUGCCUUUGUGCUCUAUUAUCAUUAUACUACCCAUCCGCCACAAGCCCCAAAAGCGUCGACCACACACCACAACAGCUUCUAUCAUCACCAUGACGAAAGGCGCAUCUCCACCAAUUUCCUCCUUAUCCUCCUCUGCGACUUCUCGAAUGAUGGUGGAUGGCACCACCCGCACCCACUACGGCCUCGACGAGGAUAACAUUACAGCAUCACGGGCACUACGAAAGGAAACCAUCGUCAUCAAUUGUCUUCGUUUUGCCGUGUUGGCAGUGUUGAUCGUCACGGCGGCGGUCCUUGCCGCAGGCAUCUACCAUUACACGCGCAAUGACGAGCGGGAGAAUUUUAUGGCACACUUUGAAGACUCGGCCAAUUUGGUGAUGGAUUCCUUUCACGAUACCAUUGAACGCAAUAUUGGGUCCGUGUCGGCCAUGUCUUCCGGUAUUACUUCCUAUGCACUACAGCAACAAGCCAAUACGAAUCAGAGCUUUCCCUUUGUGACCAUUCCACAUUUCGAGGUUCUGGGAUCGCAUCUGCGGGUUCAGGCAGGAUCACAUAUCGUCCACUACAUGCCCGUUGUCACGGAGGAGAUGAGGCCUGCCUGGGAGGAGUAUGCCAUGGAACAUCGACAUCAUAUCGAUGAUUCCUUUGCCAUGGAUCGGUAUUAUCAAAGUCGACAAGAUAUGGAAUUUGGAAUUGAACAACAGGCUCCCAACCAACAACAACAACAAACGAAUAACCAAGGGAGUCGACGAAGGCUACAACAGGAUGAGACCACCGAGCAGGAGAAGUUCCCCAUGACCAUCCUUGACGACGAGUCAAACUUUCACCCCAAAAUUUGGAGGAAUCAAGCUGUAACCACACCCGGGGAUGAACCAGACGGUGGAGGUCCUUACAUUCCUCAAUGGCAACGAAGCCCAAUCAACCCCAAGAAGCAGGCACCUCUGAAUAUGAAUUUCCAAAACACAAAGCUCGUCAAGCAGGGUACCUUGGAACAAAUGAUUCGGGAGAAAAAGGCCAUAUUCCAUCCGGCAGUAGUCCCCAUUCCGGCUUGGAGAAAUCGUCUAGAGGCAAAUUUGAAGCUGUCACAAUACAGAACACAAAUCGACGAGCUUGUGGACGGACUAAGCACAUUCUUGACAUAUCCGGUAUUCGAUUCGUUCGAUAUUGACAACAGAGAGGUGGCGGGAGUGCUGGCAACCAGUGUGUACUGGAAGGUGCUCUUCUCCUACUUGCUACCUGCCAAUUCCGAUGGAAUUGUCUGUGUCAUUGAGUCCCCUUCUUUCAACCAAACAUUCACCUAUCAAAUUGAUGGACCAGAAGCAACCUUCCUUGGAAUGGGAGAUCAUCAUGAUCCACAAUAUUCCGACUUGGCAGUAUCUGCUGAUGUCAAUGCCUUUCUCAAAAGCAGGGCUCGACCUCAAAACAGAGCGUACUCCACAGUUCCUUUGAGCGAUGAUACCCAAUAUGUUCUCAAAGUGUACCCGUCCGCAGCUACCGAAGCACCAUUCACAACCAUGCAACCCGCCCUCUUUACUGGUUUGGUUCUUGUUGUGUUUGCAUUCACAUCCGUCCUCUUCCUCUUGUUUUCCUAUGUUGUCGAGAGGAGGCAUACAAUGAUGGUUGAGAAUGUGCUCGAGCAUGCUCAAAAGGCAGCGGACACUGAACGAGAGCUCAACGAGUUUCUUUCCCAUGAGGUGAGAAAUCCGCUCUCAGCAGCCAUCUCCGCCUGCUCCUUUGUCUCCACAGCAGUCAAUGAGCCAGCACCAUUGUCUGACGAGGAUACUCAAAAGCACGUGAGAGAAGAUAUUGAAGUGGUCAGCUCUAGCCUCCACUACAUCAAUGAUUUCUUAAGGUCCAUGUUAGACAUUCACAAAGCCUCAGACAACAAGAUCAAGAUUGAAAUGGCCCCAACUGACAUUUUGCAAGACGUGCUGGAACCUGUUUCUGCCAUAUUGUACAAGAGGAUGGCAAGCUUUGAGGUGGUGGUGGAUUGUCCACCCAAUUUGGUGGUCAUGACCGAUAGCAUUAGGCUGAAGCAGGUUGUCCUCAAUAUGGUGAGGAAUGCAUCCAAAUUUGUGGAAAAGGGCUUCCUGAGGAUGAGAGCAGAUGUGGUGGACCAGCAAGUGAUAAUUUAUGUUGAAGACUCUGGUCCUGGCAUUCCCUUGGAAAAGCAAAAGGAAUUGUUUGCAAAGUUCCAAGCAAGUCUGGACAUGCUGGGUCAAGGCACGGGUAUCGGGCUCAAUUUGUCAAAAAAGCUUAUGGCCACAAUGGGAGGAGAAUUGUGGCUCGAUGGCAGCUAUGACAGUGGAGUGGAAGGAUGUCCUGGAGCCUGCUUUGUUGUCCAGUUGAAUACCCCUCCAUUGGAUAUGGAGUCAGCUCUACCACGUGACAUAGAAUCAUCACUGCCACAUGGCAAUGAUCUACGGUCUUCUUAUUCAGGAACUCGGUCUGAUUCUUUCCUCAAUUCACAUCUUUCCCAUCAGGCAGAACCUGCUGAUGAAGCUGCGCCCAAUAUGGUUGUGCCCCAUGAACAGGAACCAGCAGCAAGACUCAAUGCACCACAACCUACUACUGAACCAGUGCAACCACCAGCGCAACCAGAACUGCCACCAGAGCUUUCAGUGCUGUUUGUUGACGAUGAUGCAGUUCUUAGGAAGCUGUUUGUCCGAGCAGUGAAAAGGGCAAUGCCAACAUGGAAAAUCAGUGAGGCAUCCAGUGGAGAAACUGCUCUGCGGAUGUGUGAGGAGCUGCAACCAGAGCAGUAUGAUCUGAUCUUCCUUGAUCAGUACAUGGCAAGUGCGGACAAGCAGUUGCUGGGAACUGAAACAGCCCACACCAUGAGAUCAAAAGGGAUAUCCAGCAGGAUUUGUGGACUGUCUGCAAAUGACUUGCGUGACUCAUUCAUCAACUCGGGAGCGGAUGAUUUCGUAAUGAAACCAAUGCCUUGCAAGGUUGACGAGUUGAAACAGCUUCUAGUGAGAGUUUUGAAGAGAGCUUAAGAUUGAGACUCCUAGUAUCCUACACCAGUCCAAACUACAGGAGGAACUCACUUUUUGCGUUGGCUUGUCCACCCUACAUGGCUUAUUUUGGGUAGAUAUCUAACUCCUGCAGCUUUCCUGUGAUGCUCACUCACGUUAGAGAAAGUUGAUGUGCUCUGUCGUGUCCUUGACGCUAAAGGAUGUCAGCACGUGCACAUGUGCAUAUCAAGGGAAUGAUUGAUGUUGGCUAGUGGGCGCCGUCCUAUAUUAUUUUAGAGAAGCUGUUUGACAAAAGGCCUGGUCGCAAAGGGACGGGCUUCCGCUCUGACCUCCACUCAUAUUCUCAUGUCUAUCAGCCUCUGUCAUCAAGGCCUAAGGGAGCUGCUCCCUAGCUAGCAUGAUGCAACCAGCCAACGACCCAUAUGGCAGGCUCGAGUGAUCACUUUGCAAGCUGGUUGCGGUGUCUAGGGGAGGAGCGAGGAAUCCAGGCAUCGCAGGUCUGCUCUAGCUAGGUAGGCAGGGGCGAAAAGAACCGGGGUGCUGUGGGUCUUGGUGGCUGUCUUAUUGGGUCGUUUCCUUGGCAUCAAGAGAACCCCAACCUUUCUUACGAUCAGACCUAUGGUUCCAUCAGGGAGAUGAAACAAGCUGCCCGGAGCCAAGUGGCUGAGACGACGUAUACAGAACCCUGACUAGACCAAACCCUCCCCCAGCCCGCGUCUGCCCCCAAAGCAGCUAAAGAUGAACUGCUUGAACGUCACCGUAUUACUUCCACAAACUACCAACAGGUCUCUCGCUAGCUAGCUCGAGCGUGUCAGCCUGAUCUCUCCCACGCGGCUACGACUGUGUAAAAAUCUGCGCAAUAAAGAUGUAGCCGGCGCCUUGCCGACCUUUGGGCAUCACAACUAGCUUCAGCCGUUCUCUGGCGCCUAAUGUCACCAUAUGUACUUGCAGCUCGAGCCCACACUGCAGGUAGCACAAACUGUGGAGUGUCCAGGUGAUAAGCAAGUUGCUACAGGUGAUCCCUUGGAGGAGAGGUGCAGAUGCACCCACCAACAAACCAGACUGGAUGGCACUUUCACAGCUUCGGCUGAACCGUUUUCCAAGGCUUCGAGGUGCUGGGCGUGCUGUGGAACAGUUUCCGGAUUCGAUCCGAUGCGUCACAUGAGCUUUCCGGGGCCGCCAUCUUAUUUUAGUGACGGGCCAAAGUGCUGUAGUCUAGCUUCACUGGGAGGAAAUCGAAUCAAUCCAGGUAGCCGCAUUAUCCAACCAAAUCUUCACAUGCAGUGUACUCUGGUUGGGAUCAGGCCGAAGUGUAUCCACAAACACUGCUUACCGGUACUAGUACAUGUAGAAGUACCGUAGACAGCCCUGCAUUGGCCGCUUCAAUACAUCUAGCGGCACGACUUAUCGGUAGUUGAGCUGCUUUCAAAGCAACUUGGAACAGAGGACAAGAAGUAGUGUCGUGCA